AUGACCACGGUCUCAGAACAUGUCGCCAUGUCGACUUCGCAACACAAGCCCACCCAAGCAUGGAAUACAAGGAAUCUCGGCCUCCGACUAGGUGUCGACCUCGCCAGUGCAGCAUCUGCCGGCGCGUUAACAUGUCCGUUGAUCACCAUCAUUGAUCGCGCGAUCAUCGAGAAAGCCUCCAAGGGAUUCCCCAUCCGAGAAACAAUCACAUCCUGCCUGCGGUCCAUGGUCUCAAAACCCAGCGGCUUCUUCUUCAGCACCCCAUUCAUCCUCAUCUAUACCCUCUACACUUCAACAUAUCUCACAGCAAACUUCAUGGACACCAUCUCCUCCACCCUCCGCGACCAAUCCUUCUCCACCGUAACGGCCGGUCCCGCAAAAUUCAUCUCUACAACCGUCGUAAACAUGGCAAUCUGCGUAUACAAAGACGCGCGCUUUGCCAAACUCUUCGGCGCCAACCCUCCCCCAACAAACACCCCAGGCCAACCCAGCACAACCCCUAGCUCCAGUCCAUCCGCAGGCGCAGGCGCAUCAACAGAAGCAUCAAAAUACAGCUGCCACCCCCACCCGACAGCCAGCGCUCCGAAAAUUCCCAAAAUCUCCUACGGCCUCUUCUGUCUGCGCGACAGCAUCACAAUCUUCGCCUCCUUCAACGUCCCCUCCCUAAUCGCACCCUCAAUACCGGACUGGAUGGCCGAAACCGCCCGCAUGAAAUCUACCAUUGCCCAAUUCUCUUGUCCUGCGCUUAUGCAGUUCGCCAGUACACCCAUGCACCUUCUCGGUCUGGAUCUGUAUAACCGUCAACCACCGGGCGGUAUGCCGUGGACAGAGCGCGCGGCCCGGAUCCGCAGGGAUUAUAUUUCUAGCUCGUUUGCGCGAAUGGGCAAGAUCGUGCCGGCUUAUGGUGUUGGUGGUGUGGUGAAUGUGCGGAUGCGGGCUGCACUGAUGUCGAAGCUGGAAGGAAAUUAA